UUCCACUCCUCUAUAAAAAUGUACACACACAGGUGUUCAUUCACCAAUACAUUUUUCUGGUUUCAUUUUUCUUGGCGAGAUUCGAACCCGGGACAUCUGAAACUGGCUAACUCAAGAUCAGAAUGGCUCCAUCUGGAAGAGGCGAAAGAGAAGAAUAGAGUGCUGGUUAGCCAGCUGUACGAUGCGUUACAGUUGGGCAAGGCCAAGACGGUCCGAAGGAUUUUGGCCCCCGAUUUGGAGUGGUGGUUCCAUGGUCCGCCCCACUGCCAGCAUUUGAUGCGCUUUCUCACUGGUCGAUCCCACCAUAAGCGCCUUUUCUUUGGCCCCCAGUCCAUCACGCCAGUAGCUGACAAAGUAUUUGUGGAAGGUCGGGAGGACGAAUCCCUGUACUGGGUUCACGUCUGGACUGUGGAGAAUGGGAUUGUAACUCAACUCCGAGAGUAUUUCAACACGUCUUUAAUUGUCACGGAAUUUAAACGGAAUCUGUGUUUUCCCGUGUGGCAGAGUGACCUCCCUCUGUCGGACGAAGAGGCCAUGCCGGGCCUCGUGCUUGCCAUCUGAAGAUAUUUUAUUCUAUCAAACUUGUUUAGGGUGUUUAGUAUAUGGCUGUAGCUGAUCUGGUUAUAAAAACGUCACGAGAGUAAGUCGAAAAUUACAGAUGCAAGUCGUACUCGACAGAAUUAGCUGUGUCUUUUAUUUUUCUGUUGUGUGUAUAACACGAAGGUUAGUCAACCCGUUUGGAGUCAGAUUAGCCGCGUCUUUAGAAUAUUAGGAGCUUAGAACAUUUGUUUUGUUGUUGUUAUUAUUAUUGUCAAUGGUUUAUAUGAAGGCGGUGUGUAUCAAUUGUAAAUUCUUCUGGCUUUUUAUAUAUAAAUAUUGUUUGUUAGAUCAA